GAGGGAGAUCCCGUCCACACGGCUCGCCUUUUACAGGAAAUGGUCAAGCGUAGAGAAAAAUCACGUGGGGAAGCGGUUUCGGCUCCUCCCCCUCGUGUUUUCUGGGUGAAGAGGCUGGAGCCAAACAAGCAGCCGGCAGACACAGAGAGGCGCGUCAGGGAAGGAGCCCAGCUGGACCGCGUCGGGUUUUAACAACAUGUCUGGAUCAACAAUGUGUAUCGCUGCUUCUUCUCAGCGCUCUUAUGGUGCUGAGCACCGCUGAGCCUUUAUGCGACCCCCUCACCCAGUAUGAGGAUAAUGGAGUGUGCUGCAAGAUGUGUGCACCAGGAACAAAAAUGAACGUUAAUAAAUGUAAUUCUCCAACCUGUGAGCCGUGUGCCCAAGACGAAUAUCAUGAUACGUACAACAAAGAAGAAAAGUGUAAACUCCAGCCAUAUUGUGACCCAAAUAAAAAUUUUGAGGCUCCUGACCAUCAUAAAGAAAAAAGAACCAUCUGCACGUGCAAACAAGGGUUCCACUGCUCAGGCGAAAGUUGUUCAUCCUGUGUACCGCACAAGCUUUGUGGGCCAGGAGAGGAAGUUCUGCAGAAAGGAAACACAACCAAGGAUACAGUGUGCCAACCCUGUCCAGAGGGGACGUUCUCCAAUGACACCUCCAUGGAGAAAAGCUGCGUUGAACACACAAAAUGUUCGCUGGGAUUCAGCGCUGAACAACCUGGGACGGACCGAUCUGACACCGUUUGCGUGGCCAACAAGCGGGUCCAUGUAGCUCUUGCCACAGGAUUGGCCAUCUUCCUGCUAGCUUUAAUAGGUGGAGUUGUUCUGUAUUGCCGAAAAAAUUCAAGUUUUGAGAACGGGAAAAAAAUGGUAAAUGUCUGUGUUGAAUGCAUCGGGCCGACGGGAGAGGUGCCGAAAUACGAGAUAGAGGAAGAAACCAAAACGCCUAUGAUGGAAAGGACUCCGGUGGAAACCGAAGAUUCAAGCAUCCUUUCGGGGUGCUCUCCGGAAAUCGGAAGAAGCGAGAACGGAAAGGUUGUGUGUCCCGUGGAGGAGGAAGGGAAAUAUGAAUGUCUCUCCCGUCAGGAAUCCCAAAUUUCGGCCUCCUCUACCGUCAACUACAGCUAGUUACAGAACUGAAGAUGAUUUGUUGUGUCAUACGAACGGACUUUCUCGAAGCUACACCCUGUAUUUAUUUGACUCUAAUGUGCUUGUAAAUUUUGCUGGUUCAACAUGAAUGAUGCUGAAUAAUGUCUGAAAUCUCGUGCGUGUUUUUCGUUUUUUGUUUUUUUUUUGUCAUAUGGUUACAUGUUUUAAUUUUUGUAAUAAAACACACAUAUGCUA